AUGACGUCGCCAUAUCCAAAUACCACUUCGUUCUCGCCGAGCGUUUCAUCCGACAUGCCUGCGGCGCCCAACAGACCGGUCUCCGAUUUGCCGCAAGCUCAGGUGGACGCAAUCAUCCGUACAAAGCGCAAGGCUCGCGAGCCUAAAGCCUGCUAUCCAUGCCAUGCGCGAAAGGUAAAAUGCGAUCGCAACCUUCCGUGCGAUGGGUGUGUCAAGCGUGACCAUGCGGACCUCUGCUCCUACGAACGCCCUUCCAAGAAACGGUCGCAAGCCUUUCACGAAAGCCCUAUCGCUAGCUCGGCUCCAGCACCUAUGCCUCAUUACUCAACAGCAUAUGUUUACGAUGAGCCCCCGGCGCACGUAAAACCAGAGCCAACAUUGGGCCGAUCCGCUGGUCCUGCUGCUGGUGCACGUGUAUCAAUUGCCCGCGAGGAAUGGGACAAUGUUCGCAAUAGACUGCGUGAAAUGGAAUCCACUAUUUCAUCGCUGCGUGUUGGUUUGGAGAGAGCCGAAGAUGGUCCCACAACAUCCCUGGACACCGGAAGCGUGCAGAGUGGCGACGCCAGUUCUCGCUCCAAGGCCGGUUCGCCGGAACGCGAGGGAAUCCAUGCCGCAAAUACCCUUGGCAAAGGCACUGUGCACUUGGGAUCGCGCUCUGUGCUAGCUUAUAUCCUGAAUAACCAAUCUGGAUCUGAUCAGCUUCAAGCUCUCUUAGAAGGAGGAAUACUACCAAAGCUCGGUUUGGAUAAUGAGUCUGCGACUUAUCCAUUUGUCGAUCUAUGGUCAUCGGACAUGUCGACAUUUGAUAUCACAGCUGUCUGCAGUGCCCUCCCAACUGAUCAACAAUGUCGAGAAUUGUUUUAUUAUUAUAAAGACAUCUCGGGAGCUAUUUAUCCUGUUCUGGAAGAUAUAUCGGAGUUUGAGAACACUCUUGAGCUUUUGCUACAGACCAGAACUUCCAUCGGAGGCGAAUACCGGGCUGAUGCAGACGAAGCGCAAAAGCCCUUUGGUGUGAGCAUUGCCUACCUGGGAUUACUGUUUGCUGUCCUUGCUUCCGGAUGCCAAUCGUCUGACUAUGGAAGUAAAGAGAGAGAGUUGACCUCGCAAGUUUAUGUUUGCUGCUCUUACCAAUGUCUUCGUAUGACAAACUUCCUGUCCCAACCCACUAUCGAAGCCAUCCAGACUCUUCUGGUGAUUGGCAACGUAUUGUCAUACAACAUGAACCCUGGCAUUUCUUACGUCUUACUUGGAAUGACACUUCGCAUGGGUUUGGCACUGGGUCUUCAUGUUGAGUCAAGUCGCUUUUCAUCGGCUGAGCGAUACCGACGACGACAUACUUGGUGGUCAAUGGCAUGGCAAGAUAGCCAUUUCUCGCUUUCUUAUGACCGACCCUCGACCACUGCGGUAAGCCAGCCUGAUAUCGCUUACAGGGAAGGCUCGAAAACCGGUGACUUGUCUUACUUUGAAACACUUUGUCGUGUCAUUUCUCUUGCAUUGGAAGUUGUUCGCAUUCGCAUGUUGAGUCCGCAUGCUCAGAUAAGCCUCGAAAGCAUUCAAGCCUACAAGGAACGCAUUCAAAGGAUCAUGAUAGAGGCGAGACCUUAUCUACGAGAGGCGGCUUAUUGCUCUACGCCCACGGAACAUUUGGAGCGAGUUGUUCUGAAGCUGCACUCGUCAUAUUUCUCUUCUGAGCUCUGCCGGCCAGCGCUCAAGCCCAUGGCUGAUUUCAGUGACGACAGCGUUGCUAGCAUGCGUCAGACCUGUGUGGUAAACCUGAUGACAACUGUCGAAGCUUACAUCGAAAUGCACAACAUAAGCUCACACGCAGCGCGCUCUUGGAUUGCAUUACAGCGAGCAAUUAGUUCAGCGUUUCUGCUGGCUGUAAUCGAGGAAGCAAAAUUGGACCCUAAUGUCUGGAGCCUUCUACGACAACUGGAGAGCAUCAUUGCUCAAAGAGCAAGCACUGAACGAGCUUAUGAUUCCACUGAAGCCGCUACCGUGGCUAGCAUGACCUCUCCACCCCAAAAUCUUGGCAUGUACGACCCAAUCACUGGCGCCAGUAACCCCCCUGACGCUAUUGCUCCAGCAGUGGACCCAACUUCCCCGGCUGCCUUGACUGCUGAUACCCAAACUCAAUGGGCCAAGUCCCUUGCGAAGACGCAUCGUGCUCUUCAAAAACUAUUGAACGCAUUUGAAAAUAAGUCUUCGCGACCUGCUCCUGGACAAAAUGGCACGCCCGCAUAUCACCCUCGGCUCCAUCUCAAUCCAAAUUCCGCUUCAAUGGGGACAUUUGUCCCUGGUUCCGCCAGCAUGACCCCCAGUGUUAGCUCUCUUCCGCCCCCUACGCCAGAAUCCUCCGGUAGUGGCGAAUGGUCAAUGCCCAACAUAAUGGAUCGAGCAGCGGAGUAUAUCCACCCACCCCUAUGGGGUUAA